CCCAAAAAGACACCCACUUCCACACCCACCAUGCCCAAACCCUCGUCGUCGUCCUCGUCCUCGUCCUCUCCCCAUCUCCAUCGCCUCCUCCGCCACCGAAACCCUCCUCCUCCUCCUCCUCCACCAUGUCCUCCUCCUCCUCUUCCUCUUCUCCCCAUCAACCGCUUCACGCUCCCCCUCCUCGCCAAGGUCGCCUCCCACCUCGCCCUCCCUCUCCAUGCCCGCGCCCUGCACGCGCGCGCCGCCAAAUCCGCCCUCGACGCCGACCUCGUCGUCCGCAACGCGCUCCUCCACAUGUACUCCUCCCUCGGCGACCUCCCCGCCGCGCGCGAGCUCUUCGCUUCCGCGCGCGAAUCCGAUCUGGUCAGCUGGAACUCCAUGAUCGACGGCUGCGCCAAGAACGGCAUGCUGGGCGCCGCGCGCGACCUCUUCGACGAAAUGCCCGAGAGAGAUCGCGUCACCUGGAACGCCAUGAUCGCCGGAUACGCCGCGGCCGGCGACGCGGCCGCGGCAAAGGAGCUGUUUUUGGCGAUGCCGGAUAAGGAUGUCGUUUCCUGGAAUACGAUGAUUAGCGGGCACGCGAGGAUCGGCGACGUUAAGGUCGCACGGGAGCUGUUCGACAAAAUGCCCAAUAGAGAUCGGUUCACUUGGAAUGCCGUGAUUGCCGGGUAUGCCGGAAUCGGAGAUAUGCGCGCCGCAAAGGAGCUGUUUUUAGUGAUGCCGGAUAAGGAUAUUGUCUCUUGGAACACAAUGAUUAGUGGGUACGCUAAAAUUGGUGAUGCUACGUCUGCGAGGGAGCUGUUCGAUGAAAUGCCGGAGAGGGAUUCGGUGUCGUGGAAUGUCAUUUUGGCACUUUAUGCAAGGUUGAAGAAGUAUAGGGAUUGUUUGAGGUUGUUCGAUUCUAUGAUGGCGGUCGGAGAUGUGAAGCCCAACGAGGCGAUUUUCGUCAGCGUCUUGACGGCUUGCGCUAAUUUGGGUGAGCUCGAGAGAGGGAAAUGGGUCCAUUCUUUGAUUACGGAUGGAUGCAAAACUAUUGAGCUUGAUGUUUUGCUUUCAACCGCGCUAUUGACUAUGUAUGCCAAGUGCGGGGUCAUGGAUUCGGCAAAGGAAGUUUUCGAUUCGAUGGAAGAAAGGAGCGUUGUAUCGUGGAAUUCGAUGAUUCGCGGAUAUGGCCUUCACGGCGAAGGUAAAAAGGCGCUCGAUUUGUUCAUGGAGAUGGAGAAAAGGAGAAUAAAUCCCAACGAGAAAACCUUUGUGUGCAUUCUUAGUUCGUGUGCUCACAAUGGGAUGGUUUUCGAAGGAUGGUGGUGUUUCGACCGAAUGAUUUGGUUUUACAACAUCGAGCCCAAAGUUGAGCACUUUGGUUGCAUGAUGGACCUUCUCAGUCGAGCUGGAUUGCUUAAAGAUUCAGAGGAACUGAUGAAGAAGCUAAACCUUGAAGGGUCCCCAGCUUUACUCGGUCCGUUAAUGUCAGCCUCAACAAACCAUUGCAAUUGGAAGCUUGGGGAGUUUGUGGGUAAAAAAUUGAUCGAGAUGAAGCCCCAAGAUAUCGGGCCGUAUGUGCUUUUGUCGAACAUUUAUGCUGCGGAAGGUCGAUGGGAUGAUGUUGAGAAGUUGAGGGAGGUGAUAAGGGAGAAAGGUUUGGAAAAGGACUUAGGGUUUAGCUUAGUUGGUGUGGAAGAGUCCGAAUCUUAUUCUGUCGACGAAGAAAAGGUCAUUUCAGAAGGCAAGAAGAGCAUGGUUUUCUCUAUGUCGAAUGAAAUUGGUGCUCACUUGAAAUCAUCUUGUAGGAGGCACCAUAAGAGCAAAAGAACAUUAGUAUCUACAGGUUGAGAAUUGUGGCACGAAACAAUCAAGGUGAUAUUUGUGAUAUUUAUUGUAUGAAGGUGAUAUGAUCCCUCGGAAAGAAGAAUCAAGAUGGAUAAGCCCUUACGAAAACCUACAAUAUAUGGAAUUUUUCGCUAGCAAGGUGGAGAAGUUGAGGGAGAUGAUGGGGGAUAUUUGAGUGAGGAACUUACCCUCUGAAAUAAUAAGAUGAUACUCUCUUUUACGUACAUAAGACUCGCGAUUGUAAUGGAUGAAACAGGAUUUAAUGGGUCAUUUACAUCUGUUGAAGGAUAAAAUAUCAUGAUAUGGUUCAUCCAUAUGUUUAGUUUAGAGAGAAUUCUAUCUUAUCUCAAAGCAUAAAGCUAUGUCGAGUCGCUCCUCUGCUUCAAGAAGCAGUAGCAAGAGACAUAUAGCAAAGAAACACGGGAAAAAGAAAGCUGAAAUGAGCUUUUAGGUCUCAAGAAAUUCUUGAGCGCGUCUAGUGUAAACAGUAUUUAGUGUUGAGAAAGUGGAGGCGGGAUGUCACAUACGAAACCGGAUGGUAAACAGUGCCCUAUUAGUGAAGAUUAUUAUUUGUGUGAGCAGCUGCUGUAAUUUGUUCCCAGAUCUGACAUACAAAAUCAAAAUUAUGUUCUUGGAGAGCUUGCAAACUAAUACUGAUUGAAAAUGAAGCUUAAAGAUUUGGGAGUAUCCUUUCUUCUUAUUGUAUGUUCUAAACUGCAUGAGGUGAUUUUGCUAUAGAAAUUUAGAAGUUGAGGGAGAUGAUUACUGUUGUGAAGUUAGACUAAUUGGAUGCGGGAUAUGAUCAAAGUGUCUCACUCAAGCUAUGAGAUCAUAGCUGUUGCCACUUUCUGUGAGAUGGAACUGAUAUUUUUUUUUCUUUUUUUUUAAUCUUUUGUAAAUUCAAAUAUUACAUAAGAAUUAUGGAAUUCUUGGUGAAAUAAUUGUAGCAAUUUUGAGACUCGGGGGAUUUUGUAUUAGAUUAUCUUAUGGAGUUGACAUUUGUUUGA